AUGAUAAAAUUAGAAAAGGCUGAGUCGGCCAUCGAUGACAUGAAAGGAGUGAAUCCGAGUGCAGACAUCACUGCACUUAAGCUCGACUUGUCUUCAUUCAAAUCCGUUCGUCAGUUCGCCGAUGAGCUGAAGGCCAGAGAGUCUGCGGUCGACAUACUUAUCAAUAACGCCGGUAUAUAUAACUGUCCGGAAUGGCAAACCGCCGACGGGUUUGAAAUGCAGUUCGGGACAAAUCAUUUAGGUCCGUUUUUGUUGACACAAACCCUAUUGCCAAUGCUAAAGGCGGCACCUGUAGCCCGGAUUGUAAAUGUAACAUCUAUGAGAUACGCGUUGGGCAUGAUCCAUUUUGACAACAUUAACCUCCGCAAUGGGGCGUACGACCCAUCCAUGGCUUACGAUCAAAGUAAACUCGCGGUCCUGUUGUGCACCAGAGAGUUGGCCAAACGUAUGGGCGCUGACAGUAGUGUCACGUGUUAUGCGGUAAAUCCCGGCGCGAUUAAGACUGAUCUGCAGCGCCACUCAAAUUAUCCCGAAUCGGUUAUGAAUGCGUUGUUUAUGACACCAGAAAUGGGAGCACAGACUACACUGUAUUGCGCUCUCGAAGAGACCAUUGAUAAUGAAUCGGGAUUUUAUUAUGAGUCA